GUCAAAAAUUAGUUGUAUAUGUUCUAGGUUAAUUACGGAACAAAAUGCGAAUAAUAAGUUUUCUAGCAAAAAAAGUCGGCGACCUCACCGUUAAAUACUCAAAUUUACCGGAGUCUUACAUAAAAAGAAGUUAUGAGCAGGUGUAUUGGAAGAACCCCGCGGGCUAUCCACAGUAUCCGAAGGCACAGGUAGCUCGCAAGAAGUACCGUUUCACCACGAACCGUCCGUGGACUGGCCAGUUCCGUAUGCAAAAUGAACGAAAUGUGCAUAGGAAAAAAGUAUUCUUGGAGCCUGUUGGAGAAUGGAGUUUCUUUAGAGGUGACCGGGUUGAGGUGAUGGUGGGCAAAGAUAAGGGCAAGCAGGGCAUUGUGGUGCAGGUGAUACAGGAGCGCAACUGGGUCAUCGUGGAGGGGCUCAACACACAUCUCAGGACAGUAGGCAAGGACAAGGAGUUCCCGGGCGUGACAAUAAGAUCAGAAGCACCCUUGCUGGUCACCACCGAUGUGAAAUUGGUGGAUCCCGAGACACUCAAGCCAACUGAAGUUGAGUGGCGGUAUACAGAGGAGGGGGAAAAAGUUCGAGUGUCAGCAGCCAGCAGCCGCAUCAUCCCAAUACCAAAGGCGGCCGAAGAAACCAUAGAUUAUAAAAGCAAGGAGCUGUAUUUGGAGAACGACGAGAAGGACACCAAAACUGAUGACGUCACCAAGAUCACGUUCCAGCCGAGACUAGCCACGUUCGAGAUGGACGUCAUGGAAUCCUUGGGCAUCAAAGAAGAUCGGGUGCCGGCCAGGACCUACUGGUACUGAAGCAGACAAAUUGUUAGUUAAUGUAUAGUUUAUGUUUAAUAAAAAUAGAAA